CAGCCCUGGCAACCACCACGGGCGCGGGGAGGAGCCGGGGCCCCGGGGCAUGGCUCUCCCGAGGGCUUGGGGUGAUGGGCUCUCGGCCUCCUCGUCUCGCAGCGGGGACGAGAGAGCAGACUAUAAUGUCAAGAAGAAAAGGAAAGCUGCAGAGAUUCACCAAGCCCUGAGCAGUGAUCCUACUGAUGUGGCUGCGCUUCGACGCAUGGCAAUUAGUGAAGGCGGGCUUCUGACAGAUGAUAUCCGCCGUGAAGUGUGGCCAAAACUUCUCAAUGUCAACAUAAAUGACCUUCCUUCUCCAACAGAGAAGACUCUACGGGAAGAUAGCAAGGACUACCAGCAAGUACUUCUAGAUGUGAGACGGUCUUUGCGGCGGUUCCCACCUGGCAUGCCUAGUGAACAAAGAGAAGGGCUCCAAGAGGAACUGAUUGACAUCAUUUUGUAUGUUUUGGAACGCAAUCCCCAGCUGCACUACUACCAGGGCUACCAUGACAUUGUGGUCACAUUUCUGCUCGUUGUGGGUGAGAGGUUGGCGACAUCACUAGUGGAGAAGCUUUCUACCCACCACCUCAGGGAUUUCAUGGACCCAACAAUGGACAAUACCAAGCAUAUAUUAAACUACCUGAUGCCCAUCAUAGAUCAGGUGAAUCCAGAGCUCCAUGACUUCAUGCAGAGUGCUGAGGUGGGAACCAUCUUUGCACUUAGCUGGCUGAUCACCUGGUUUGGCCACGUCCUAUCCGACUUCAGGCAUGUGGUACGGUUGUAUGACUUCUUCCUGGCCUGCCACCCACUGAUGCCCAUUUACUUUGCUGCUGUGAUUGUGUUGUAUCGAGAGCAAGAAGUCCUUGAUUGUGAGUGUGAUAUGGCCUCUGUUCACCACCUCUUGUCCCAGAUCCCUCAGGACUUGCCGUAUGAAACCCUGAUUAGUAGAGCAGGAGAUCUCUUCGUUCAGUUUCCUCCAUCUGAGCUUGCCAGGGAGGUGGCUCAGCAACAAGCUGAGAGAACAGCAGCCUCUACCUUUAAAGACUUUGAGUUGGCAUCUGCCCAGCAAAGACCAGACAUGGUAUUGCGGCAGCGCUUCCGAGGGUUCUUGCAGCCUGAAGAUCGGACAAAAAAUAUCCUGACCAAACCAAGGACCAAUCGCUUUGUGAAGCUGGCAGUGAUGGGGCUGACAGUGGCUCUGGGAGCAGCUGCUUUAGCAGUGGUGAAGAGUGCCCUUGAGUGGGCCCCUAAAUUUCAACUACAGCUAUUUCCCUGACAACUGGGGAGGAGGCUCCUGUUAUUUUAAAUUAAGCUUCUCACCCUUCCAUGGGAAGAUUGAGAGGAAGUCAGCAUUCCUUUAUUAAAAGGGUUUAUGUCAAGGGUUUUCUAUCCCCACCACCCUACCUUCCCUGUCCAUGAUUUGCCUUUGCUUCAGGGGCUAAUGGAAGGGUCCACCCAACACCAAGGGCUUUUUAGGGCCAUGGUAUUAAACCUCUUUAUCUCUUUGGUCAUUAAGCAGUGGGUUUCUAAUUGGGCAGAUGUCUGCCAUCUUCCCCUGUGACAGGGGAAUUGAGUUACUUUAACUCCCUUUUGUCUUUGGAGCUCAUGUGGACUGAGCUCAACUGAAUUAUGGGAGACCAGUAGUAACCUGAGCCACUGCAAGCCUCCUGUCCUUACUGCAGGGGUUUCUCUUGCCUCUCUUCCUUUUUAUACAAGGGAGGAAGGAACCAUCACAGUAGUUGAAUGGUUGGAAGAAGGUUGAGCAAAAGCCAGGGAGGGUCUGUAGGUAUUCAGAGAACAGAGAAAGUUCUUAAACGGAACUGUUUGUAAGGUCCUGAUAAUCCAUUGGCCACCAUACUUUUUUUCCAAGUUCACUUUCUGAGUUCUCCAGUCAGUGAAGCUUUGACAUGACCCAGUUAGCCAAGGAUUUAGUGUUAAUUUUUUCCAUCUUCCCAGUGCAGUUAGUUGAGAAAUAAACAGACAGGUAUGAAAUAGGUCACUGGGCAAAUCCUAUUCCCAGCCCAGGGAUCCCUUGGGCACAUCCUGUCAAGCAUAAAUGGGUAAUGAUUUUUUCAGAUUCAGUUCUGAGUUGAUCUUCUCUUCUUUUUUGUUCCUCUGCCCCCCAGGGCCCCUGAGCCACAUAGAUGGCAUAUAAAAGCCAUUGUUAUUACAAUUUUUUGAAUAUACAUAUAAACUUGCUUUACUAACGUUCUUUGUCCAUGGAAAAAGAGCUACUACUUAGGAGGGUGAACAUGAGGCCCUGAAAACUACUUGCCAUCAAGUGUUUUUGUAUGUCAACCCAAAUUAAAUUUGUAAACAGUCCAAACCUCCACAAAACCCACUCAGCCUGUCAUGUCUUGGGCUUUUCUCUGGUCCCUCCAUCCCCAAAAGAAACACCCACACACUACCUCUUUAUCACUUCAUAGGUUCAGUUCUGUCUUUCCCCCAGGCAGUUUCUUAUUUUGUAGGGAAUAUUGCUAGAAAUUGACCAUUCCUUCAGGAGGGGUAAAUUGCAGUCUCUGUGAAGCUCAGCAGGAUCCUGGAGGAACCAAACCCACGCUCCCAUACUUGUGGCACGAGAUGUGGGGGAAGUAGGUUUAAAUUCAUCAGUCCAUUUAGAAAGUGGCUUUUCCAAUACCCAGAGCCAGGUUUAUUUUAAACCUGACUCUGGCUAGAAAAAAAAAAAGUGCCUUUUCUGCUUCUUUAGAGAAACUGGGGUGUCAGAUGUUAAACAGCCACUCAGCCGUCUUCCUCUAAAUCUUUCCCGGUCUCUUCUGCACGGUUCUCUUUUACAGGUAUUUUGUUACAAGUGAAGGUAUCAGAUGCACUCCCCCUAGUGAAUCCUGCUUUCACUCCUUUCUCACUCAGAAAUCUUUGCCUAGUCUGACCACAUGGUGGGCAUGAGAUGGGUGGUUUAUUUUUUUGGCAGGAGCCUUCCCAAAGGGUUGGAAGGGUGUCAAACAUUGAAUUUUCACUACGCACUUUAAAACUAAGAGAAACUCUGAAGCAGGGUGAAGGGAGGAUCCUGUGAAAUCCUUCUUAAGGUUUGACACGAAUGGCCAAACAGGUGAUGAGAAUCCUCCCCAAGGGCUUAGGGGCAGUCUAGCUUUAAGUUGGUUGCAUUCUAGGGAGCCAUCCUGAUGAUUCUGAUGACAAAGGAAACUCCUUCCCAAGUAAAGAGAGUGGAACCCCGCCAGGUUAUGAUGUCAGCAUAAGGGAGGACUGGCUGUGUAUUAGCAUUUUGCUACAGGGAGACUGAUCUCUUUUAAUAAGCUGAAGGUGCUCAUUAGUAGGGAACAGGUGUAGUCAGGAUCCUAAAAUUGUUACCAGUCCCUCCACCCAACCCACAGUCUUCCUGAAAGCAAAAUAAACUAGCUUCUCUCUUACCCUGAUGGAAAAAAGGAAGGAAAAUUCACUUGCCUUGCUCCUUUCUUGAGGCUAAGGAUGUCCUUUUGCCAACGAGGAAAAAACUCAUACUCUCCUAUCUUCAGGUGAUUUACUUAUUCUGUAAAGAAUAUAUAUGUGUAAAUACAAUUUGUACAGAUCCCUGUAUGAAAUAAACAGCCAUGUGUGGUUACUAAACAA